GCAUAUAUAUUGCAUAUGCAGUAUAUUGUCAUUCUUGUAUUAGUAUCCAAAAUGGAUUUUCUCCAUAUCAUCUUCAUCUCUAUAGCUACGACGCUAAUAUUAAUCAUCCUAGCGUUUAUAACGCUCAUACUAAAAUUUUUCAUCGGAAAAUCAAUCCAAAAUCCGCAACACGCCCCAGUAGUUGGAACUGUCUUCAAUCAACUGUUCUACUUCAGUAAACUUCACGACUAUCAUACCGAAGUUGCCCUCAAACACCCUACUUUCAGGUUUCUUGCGCCUGAUCAUUCUGAGUUAUACACUACUGAUACUCGAAAUAUUGAGUACAUGCUUAAAACCAACUUUGAUAACUACUCGAAAGGAGAGAGUAACAAGGAUAUUAUAACGGACUUAUUUGGCGACGGGAUAUUUGCGGUUGAUGGUGUUAUGUGGAAACAGCAGAGAAAGCUUGCGAGUUUUGAGUUCUCGACAAGAGUUUUGAGAGACUUUAGCUGUUCGGUUUUUAGAAAAAAUGCGGUGAAAUUGGUUGGAGUUGUUUCUAAGUUUUCUGAGGCCAAUAGAGAUUUUGAUGUACAAAAUUUGCUUAUGCAAUCCGCUUUGGAUUCAAUAUUCAAAGUCGGGUUUGGAGUAGACUUGAAUUGCCUUGAAGGAUCUAGCAAAGAAGGGAGUGCAUUUAUCAAGGCUUUUGACGACUCAAACGCAUUCACAUAUUGGCGCUACGUAGAUCCCAUAUGGAAGCUCAAAAGAUUCCUUAACAUUGGCUGCGAAGCUUCUUUACGGAACAACAUCAGAUUAAUAAACGAUUUCGUUCUCAAUUUGAUCAGCAAGAGAAGAGAACAACUUGAAACAAACCAACAUUGUAAUGAGAGAGAGGACAUACUUUCGAGAUUUCUGAUCGAGAGCAAGAAGGAUGCACGUAUGAAUGAUCGGUAUCUAAUGGACAUAAUCCUGAACUUCCUGUUAGCUGGAAAAGAUUCUAGUGCGAAUACUCUUUCGUGGUUCUUCUACAUGCUUUGCAAGAACCCGCUCGUGCAGGAAAAAGUUGUUUCGGAAAUUGAAAACGUAGUGGGAAAACAAGAAAACGGAUCUAGAAUCCAAGAUUUUGUAGACAGAAUAGAUGAUCAAGUACUUGAGAAAAUGCAUUAUCUUCAUGCAGCUUUGACUGAAACCUUAAGACUAUACCCUGCAGUACCUGUGGAUGGAAGAGUUGCUGACAUGGAUGACACUCUUCCAGAUGGAUUCAAGUUGAAAAAAGGCGAUGGCGUGUACUAUAUUUCAUACGCGAUGGGAAGAAUGGCGCACAUUUGGGGAGAUGAUGCUUAUGAUUUCAAACCUGAAAGAUGGCUUAAUGAUAAUGGUGUUUUUCAACCUGAAUCUCCUUUCAAAUUCAUAGCAUUUCAUGCGGGCCCACGGAUUUGUUUGGGAAAGGACUUUGCUUAUCGUCAGAUGAAGAUAGUGUCGAUUGCUCUUCUACAUUUCUUCGUGUUUAAGUUAGCUGACGAAUCAAGAAAAGUGACUUAUCGAACUAUGUUUACUCUUCACAUCGACGGAGGUCUUCAUCUUCUUGCAACUCCAAGAAGUUCAUGAUAAGAUUGAGUUUAAACAAAGUACCAUGCACUCAUUUGAAGUACUUUAGAUUUCGGGUUUCAUCUUGUUUUAUAUUUUAAAGUGUAACCCAUAAGCAAUAA